ACAAGCACUGGGAGGCCCUUCUCUUUUAUUUUACUUUCUAAGGUGCUUGGAACCUCUCUGUGCUCUGAGAUGCUGCCCAUGGAGCAGGAACUGGUAGAGAACACCAGAUACCUUCUCAGCAAAGAGGAGCAAGUCCCCUGCAGAGUGUGGCGAGGCGCCUGGAGUUCAGUUCUCCUCUGUGCAGCCAGCCUGGGGUCCUUUCUGGAUCUGUGGAUUUUGUCUCCAGACUGGGCCAGGCCGUCUGGGUCCGAACAGGUGUGUCUCUGGUUGGAAAUGCACCUCUCUUUAUGAAGGUUGCCCAACAUCCCGGCCCACUCAGAGAUGUGGAAUGGAGGCUCCAGAGUCCAACUGUUCUGCCCCAGCUGCCAGGGACCAGCCAGCUCCUGCACCUGGGCCCCCAGGGCCCCCAGCUGGGCAGGCCUCACCUCACCUGACUCUGAGUCCUGUCAUCUUGCCACCAGAGCAGGGCCUGCCCUCCACCGUGCUCCUGAAGGCCCUCCCCAUUCCACUGUACCACACGGUGCCUCCUGGAGGCCUCCAGCCACGAGCCCCUCUAGUGACAGGCAGCCUGGAUGGGAGCAGUGUGCCCUUCAUCCUCAGUCCCCUGCUCCAGCCUGAAGGGCCUGGCCCCACCCAGGCAGGCAAGCCAGCUGCCCCAACACUGACAGUGAACAUUGUGGGUGCCCUGCCUGUCCUGUCCCCAGGCCUGGGGCCCACACUGGGCAGCCCAGGAAAGUCACGGAAUGCUGGCAGGUACCUCUGCCCACACUGUGGCCGGGACUGCCUGAAGCCCAGUGUUUUGGAGAAGCACAUCAGGUCCCACACGGGUGAGAGGCCCUUCCCGUGUGCCACCUGCCAUAUCGCCUUCAAGACCCAGAGUAACCUCUAUAAGCACAGGCGGACACAGACUCAUCUCAACAACUCCCGGCUAUCCCUGGAGUCUGACGGGGGUGGGAGCAGCCUCCCAGAGGAGGGGGACAGGGUUGGAGAUCUCUCCACAGCAGAUGGCAGCGGGGAGAGUCGGAACCAGAGGAUGGGUGAAGGAGCACCAGAGACACCCCUCUCCCCAGAUGCCCCUCUGUCCCUUGUUGCCAAGAACCAAGGUGUGAAGGCGGAAGCUGCUUCCUGUCCAGGGUCCACACUUGCCCACAGAGAGACCUCUCUGGACUCCACCCAGAUGGCGUCACCUGGGAUCUUGCUGGCCAGCAUGCAGCCCCCGCGGAAGCUGCCAGAACUGAAGUCGUGCUCCCUGCAACGGCAGCAGGAGGCUUCCUCCGAGAAGCCCUGGGAAGCCAAGGUCCCGGAGGGCCGACUGAGGAAGUGCGAGAGUACCGAUUCAGGCUACCUGUCCCGCUCGGACAGUGCCGAGCAGCCGCCUGUCCCCUCCAGCCCCUUGCACAGCCUGUCGGAGCACAGCGCCGAGUCCGAGGGGGAGGGAGGCCUGGGCACGGGGUCUGGGGGCACCAGGGCUGAGCCGGGAGUGCCAGGGAGCAGCCUGGAGCUGGAGAAGAAGCGGCUGGAGGAGCGCAUCGCCCAGCUCAUCUCGCACAACCAGGCUGUGGUGGACGACCCCCAGCUGGACCACGUGCGGCCCCGCAAGACCGUCCUGUCCAAGCAGGGCAGCAUUGACCUGCCCAUGCCCUACACCUACAAGGACUCCUUCCACUUUGAUAUUCGGGCCCUGGAGCCUGGCCGCAGGAGGGCGGCCCUCAGCCCCGCCCACUCUACCUUCACCCCUCUGGACAAGUUACGGCCCCUGUUCUUCCACUCUGUCCCCACUCAGCUGUCCACCACUGUGGAAUAUGUCCCCAUCACGAGGAGCAAUUCACUGCCUUUUGUUGAGGGCUCCAGGACAUGGCCGGAGCCGCGGGCCCUGAAGGAUGCCUGCCCCAGGACACAGAAGCCCCUGAGCCCCAGGCCCACCCCAGCCCGGCUGGGCUGCCGCUCUGGGCUGACCUUGGCAGAUGUCCCCAGUGGCCACCCCCGGGCCCUGGUCAGACAGGCUGCCGUGGAAGACGUGCCAUGUGCCCUUGCUGGAGACACCCCGGCCCUCACGGAGGACCCUGGUGGAAAGAGAACCGUCACGGCGGCAGGGGCAAGCUGGAAGGGCAGAGCGACCAGUAAGAAGGGUGGCCAGCGGAAGCUGAAGAUGUUCUCCCAGGAGAAGUGGCAGAUGUAUGGGCACGAGACGUUCAGGAAGCUCUACCAGAAAGUGAAAAGCAGCCACCAGGGAGGCCAGAAAGCCAGGGAGGUGAGAGUGGGCUGUGGGACAGACCCGGCCCUUCCUGCCCAGGAGGAGGCAGUGGGGGGUGAGAGCACAGUUCCAUCCCAAGAUAGCAGGACUCCCAUCCUUGAGGGCAUUUCUGCAGAGGCCAAGCCAGAGUCUCGGGGAAGUCUGCCAGCCCCUGAGGGCUCCUUGGAGACUGAGCCUCCUAAGCAGAGAAAGGCAGAAGCCAGAGUAGGAGGCAGUGACCAGCCCAGGGCAGCGUCUUCCCCAACCCUCAGUAGCAGAGGAUCACCCCAUUCAGGCAACAGGAGCCCUCUGCUUCCUCCAAAUGAGGGGCCAGAAACAGGAUGGCAGCUGCCUCCAGCACCUGGGCCACUCCAAGGAGGUGACCUAGGAGUGCCCAGGCUGGCUUUGCCAGCUUCCAAAGUGGAAGGGGGCAUUCCGGGUGCGGGAGGCAUGCAGGAGACUGGUCCUUGCACCCAACUUGUCCUGAGACGGCCCAGUGGUAACUCUGGGGAGCCCUGGCCUGCAGAGGACAAGCAUCCCUCAGAAAGGAAGAAGCUGAAGGUGGAUGAGCAGGGGCCCCUGGAGCAGCCAGGACCCCUGGGAGCAGAGACCCCUGGUGGUCCCGUGCAGGCUUCCUCUGUGCCAUGUCAGAAGCAGGAUGGUGACCAUGGGGAGAUGCCAGGGGGGACACAUGGGAGUGCCCAUCUGGUGGCUGAAGCCCUGGACUCUUCUGAUGCCUCCUCAACUGCUCCUGUUGCUUCCCCAAGCUGGGCAGGGCCAGGGGACAAGGAGCCCACAUCGCUUGCUGCUGCUAAGGACCGGCGCCACCACUCCCAGCUGGGUACUCCACCUCAGGCUCCUGGUGUCCUUGCUGCUCUGGCAGAGGGCGCCUUUCCCCCCAAGUACCUUCUUAAGGUACCUCAGGGAGAGAUCCCCUCGGCACUGCUUGCCACCCAGAGGCCACAGCAGGGUCAAGACUCUCUCUGCACAAUUGGGCCACCUGAGGAACAAGCAUCCCUUGUUGGACCAGGACUGGGGACACCCUGGUCCCUCAGCACAGGCUCAGGCCCAACCUCAGGUGGGGCAGAUGGCAUUCUGGAGCACCCCAGCUGGUCCAGGCCAAGAGAUGGAGGACAAGAGUCUCAGAUGGGAAGGGAGAAGAGAGAAGGGACAGACAGCAGAGUGCCAGCAGCCAGGGAAUCUCCUGGCUCAACCACAGGGCCCCCCUGGGAAAUGACCUCCUUCCCGGACACCCCCUCGUGUGAUGCCCACGUGGCCCAGGAUGCAGGAAGUGAGGUGCACGCCAUUCAUCGUCUUUGCAUGGGCAGUACAUUGGCAAGGUCCAGGACAUCUGAGGGUGUCCUGAAUCUGUGGACUCCCAGUGAGGACCUGGGGGGCCCUCAUGAGCAUGCCCCAGAAGGCCUUUCUUCAGAGCCACCGGCACUACGCACCCCCUGCUGCUCCCUGCAGCCUGGUUCCUUCCUCAGGGCUCUCACCAGGCCCCAGGGUAUGUCUCUGAGCCAGCCAGAAGGGGCCCUGUCACUUCACUUAGGGACGCCCAGGAGCUGUGGGGCCCAGAGCCCCUUCCCCUCGCUGAGAGCUGAGCCCCGGCUCACAUGGUGCUGCUUGAGCCGCAGCCUGCCUCUGCCCAUGGAGCAGAAGGAGAAGGCCGCUUCAGUGUACCAGGCUCUCCACUUCCCUGGGGGCAGGCUCCAAGAUGCAGGUCCUGACGCCCUGCCCGUGAGCAACCGAGGAAGGACCAGGAGGAGCCCUGGAGGAGGAGAGCUGGUGCAGACACCUCAGCUCUCCAACCCAAUAGUCCCAGGGAUGAGGUCCCAGGACCAGCCAUCUGAUCCAGAAAGGAAGAAAGGACUGUUUCGCAGGAGGGUGAAGACAUUUCGUGGGAACAGCAAGCAGAAAAGGCUGAAGAUCAACCCCAAAAGGUACGAAGGGAAUUUCUGGCAGAGCCGUGCUCCCUCGAGAACCAGCAGACUGCGUAAGCCCCCAUGGGUGCCAAGAAGAAGUUGUCCCCGUCUCCGACUGGAGGGGCCAGAGCCACAUGGGAUCCUCAAUAACUCAGGUCUAAACCUGCAAGGAGACCUUGCCACUUCAGAAUUUUCUCUUGGUUAUGGGAAUGAAGAAGAGAAGGAAGAUGACUGUGGCCGCAUCUCAGAAAACGCCUCUCCUAGUUCAAGUUCAAGGACCGUCAGGGAAAGAGACAAAUUAACUGCGAAGGAUAUUUCUCCAUCUGCUGGCAAGCAUGAUGGCUGUUCUCAGCAGCAUGACACUGCUGCCCUGUCAGGGUUAUCCCUGCAAGUUGACACCUGUGUGGCAGUGGCAAAGGAUGACCCUAUGUCUCGUGGCAAAGGUCUUGAGGCUGGAUAUCUGGAAGCUCAGCUGCCACCAUCCCAGGGUUCAGUCUCGGGAGAUCUCAAGCCAUGUGUUUCCUCUGAUGCUCAAGAGCCUCCUUCUUAUGAGUCCAAAGGAACCUUUCCCCACCAUGACAUUGCUACCUCUGUUGCUGCCAUCUGUAUUUCUGUGGGGGCGGCAGCAGGUCACACAGUGCUGGGCAUUCACAGUGCAGAGCCUCAGGAGCACAGCUGUGCUGCAGGGGAAACUCUGGCCCAAAGCUCCCCAGACAGAAGAGCCAUCACCGAGGGCGUAUCACAGACACCCCUGCCAGCAAAACUUGCAUCUGGACACAAGACUGUAGGCUCAGUUCCCCUGGACUCAACCGGAAAGGUUCAUCUUGAAAUACCAGCUUUAGGACUAAGUUCAACUUGUUCACACCAAGAGGAAGGGAGACACCAGGUGGCCUUUCCUUCCAGGGGUCAAUAUGGGUGUGGGGAAAAGGCCUUCCCCUGUCCCACUAUAGGAACUGACAGUGGGAAAUGCCAAGUAUCUGGAUUGAUCACUCGGAAGGGCUGUGGGGUUUCUGCUAACCCAGGGCAGCCCUCAGAAGUCCCUGAGGCCCCUUCUAGAUCCGUGAGGAAGAGGAGUUUGGAAGGAAUGAGAAAGCAAACUCGGGUGGAGCUCAGCGACUCCAGCAGUGAUGAUGAAGACCGCCUGGUCAUAGAGAUAUGACAUCUCCGUGACAAGACGAAGUCCCUGGCUGAAGACUGUUGAUGCUUCACAAGAAAAUGUCCUUAAGCUGCAGAAGCACUGAUGGUACUUACAAAACACCUGCAGACCAGAAAGCCAUCUGGGCUCCUUCCAAGCCAGCUCCAAUCAGCUCCAAACCCCAGUUGGCUGCACCCUUUCCCAGUUCCUAUUGGGCAGGCCUAACAGGCUCCUCCAGUGCCACGAAGCUCCGUCUGAGAAGGCUCCACGUACACAGAGACGGGCCUUGACUGCAGCCUAAGCCCAGAGUGGGUCCCACUGCCUCACUCUGAGAGGAGCACAUUCACCCAGGGAGCCACAGUUGGCCCACUGACCAACUGGUGGACCUGGGGUCAGGCCACUGACUUCUCCACUAGUAAGCGGAGGGUUUGCUUCAGGUAGUGAGCACACAUGGGAUGAUGGGGGGGGGGGGCUUCAAAAAAGGGAGUGUGACUUGGGCAACAUUCCGAGACAAAAUUCAGAUGUACUGAAAAACUGAUUUGGUCGAGGUAAUUUGCCUCCUUGGUGGAAGCUGUAAAUAUACUUCAAAAUGCCCAUGGUCUGGUGAAGUGCUGAUAUCCUUCAAUGUUGCACAAAUGGUCAAUGCUCAUUUAUGGUCAAAUGACGCACGCACUUGCUGCUCUUGUACCUGGUGCCUUUUCUGUGAGACCCCUGAGACCAUUAGUUUUUCCAGCUCUUUGCAAAGGAACGCUGUGUUAAAAGUCAAUAGAACAGUCUUUCUGUAAUGAGUCAUUUUUUGAGGGGGAAAAAUUCACUUAUUUUCCUCUGAUUCUUUUUGUCAUAUUGUGCUCUGAGCAAUUUCAAUUAGAGGGUUCCAUUUUAGUAAUCUGUGCAGCUUGAAUUGAUGCCUGCUCCUCGUGACGGGAACCUUUCAGACUUCCUCCAGAAGCUUCAAGGAUACAAAACUAAUUGGAGUUUUGACGCUGUUUUACAUCUCAGUAAUUUUAUUUUGGGGGCUUGGUGUUACUUUGCUGUCAAAUUAAAUCAGCCUCUGUAUUGUGCAAGUCAGAACAGCACAGAUAAAAUUCCCCAGUAUUCCAAGCCAGCGCACCCCUAUGCAGAGGAAAAUAGCAGGUCUACGUCAGCCAGCCCACUGAGCAGAGCCUCAGAUUUCCUGCUUCCUCUCCCUCUCCUUAAAUGGGAGAGGAAAAACUUAAAGAGGUUUAUACUGCUGCAUUUCAAUAAAAUUUUUAUACUUGCUUUUGGUAUGAUUUUGUACAAUUUGAAAUUUAUAGCCGAGCUCUUUUGGCUUAACUUUGAUGUAAUGAUGUUCAUAUGACAUCUUGUACUUCAAAGGCAAAGCAACAAUGCAAACCAUCUCACACAUGUGAACACACUUUGCCAAGCCCUCGCCUGUGACCAUGUGUGCUCCCAUCUCAAGUCUCUUCAUGUGAAUUUUCCAAUUCUGAUGUUAUUCAUAGAAAACUUCAAUGAAGGACCAGCUUCCCCUGGUUACUUAAAAUAUGUCAGUGGUCAUUUCAUAUGCAUUCACAAAUAGCUCAGUGAUCACAACCUCAGAAGAAGGCAUCAGAAGGGAGGUGGAUAGGUGCUAGACGUCAAUGGAGGGUAAUUUUUAAGCCAAGCAAAAGUGCUGCAAUGGUCAUCAACUCCUGGGAAUGGCCUAUGCUACUUCCUGGGAGAGGUAGUAUAGGGAAGCAGUUGUAGCUCUGGACAGAGAGAGGUGAAUUCCCAGCUUGGUCUUUAGCUAGGAAACAUUGGUGAAGACCCUCUCUGCACCUCCAUUUCCCUAAAUGAAAUUAAGAGAAUUGGACAAGAUGAGCUGAGUGUGUUUCCAGAUUACAAACCUGGGGAAAGUGGAUGACAGAGAAGCUGUCCUCUCCUUAACAUGCCUGGGCUCCAUGGUUUGGAGAUGUUCUUCAUGGAAGCCUUGCCCUAGGGGUUCUGCAUGUGAGAAUUUGGGUGACAAUCACGAGGAACAGAAGCAAAAACCUCUGGUGCGGUAGUGCUGCAAAGCUUCAUUUAAUUCUUUCCCAGAGUUCCGGAUUUUGGUGUGAUGUCACCAAUCUUAUAAAUGUUGGUUUAUAAUCCAAAUACUAAAAAGCAAAAGCAGAACACUACUGUGUGAGUGGAAGAAAACCUAUUUGUUGUCCAAAUUGUCUGCUUUGUCUUGGAGGCACUUAAUAGGGGAAGGGAAUGAUUUUCCAGAUCCUUCCUUCCUGGAUGGCUGCUGAGGUGUCAGCUAGAUCUCAGGACCUAGUAAGCUAAAAGUCCAAAUAGUACUGGCCACAGGAUCGCAGUGGAAGCUCUGUCAUUCUGUGAGCCACUGUGAAUGGCUGUCAUAUCACAACCUAGAUCCAAUAUGGCGGAAUGCUGAUUUCAUCUUUUUAACUCCCUCUAUGUCCCUCAGAGGUAGGCAGUUGACCAAGUAGUUCUGUUUCACAGGGUUAUUUAGCUAGUUGGUGGCAGUGUUCCCAAAUAUACCUUACUUUGUAUUAACAUGAAUUUGUAAAAAGUUCAAUGGAUUUUUUAAAAAAUCAGAAAUGUUUUUUUGAAUGAUACUAGGAGAGCUGGCUAUUGAAGACAUUGUAAGCUGAGUUUUGAUUCUUUUGUUUUUAAUGAAGAAUUCUUUCAGAAAGCAACAAACCGAUCUCUGAUUUUAGAAACCCAAUUUUCCUAUGGGUUUUCUUAAAAUGAAAUGCAACCAUGGGAAUACAUUUUAAGGGUAACAUCAACAACCUGUAUUCCAGUUUGGACAAUUGAAAAUAAAAUUUAAAUAUUGUCAGCUGAUAAUUAUUUUCAUACUGAAUGGGUACAUACUGCAUGAUGUUCAGAAAAGAUGUUUAUUUUACCACAAUGCAAACUCAAGUAUAAAGAUCAGACGUUUCUUUUUCCCCCUAGUGCUGUGCAUUUAUUUUCAAGUAAGGGUCUUAAUCAAUUGGUGCCUCAGCUUCCUCAAUGGAGAAUAGCUCUGGGGCUGCUGGCAUGGGCUGAGGUGAAGGACACUUCAGAUUCUUUGCCUCGCUCUCAGGCAAGGUAAGCCAGGGCUACAGCUCCUGAUGCUUGAAGUGUUUACCAGUUCAUUUCUUUAACUCUAUUCCCACCCAGCCACGUCUCACUUCUUCAGAUGUUUAAAGGAAAGGGGCCUCACCUCCUUCCUUGGCAAUAUAAAUUUUUACCUGACUUUUAAAUUCACAUGUUUUUUGGUGGGCAAACUGGAUCCUCCUUGUUAUAAGCUGUGAUGAAUAGCUCAUCCCUCCUGGUAAGGCCAACCUUCGGAAUUCUAGAUGAAGUGAAUCCUCUUUGGUUCACACUUCACAGUAACCAGGAGGACAUGUGAUUCCUUUGCCAAGAAAUCAAAAUAGAAGGGGGGAGGGUGGUAUCUCUGAAAUCUAGCCAAAAUGUGGCUAAUACCUUUGUGGGUGACCUAGAGCAAGUUACAAUUUCCCUUCCUAAAAUCCCACUUCUGAAGCUGAGAUCAGAAGAGUAAUCUUGAAAAUGCAUUUUGACCACAGUCCUUGGCAUGAAAGAAACGAUUUGCAGUCUUAUGCCAAAAAGUAUUUCCUUGCAUUUACAUUCAUUACUUAGAAUGAUCACAUUAUUCAUUUUUUCCCCAGCAUAGAAAUUUGCAUUUUGCACAAAAUUUGCCUGGUGCAGCAGAUUUUUAUAGUUAUGGAAACUGUCAUCAUGAUGGGAAUAUGCUGCUGCUCAACUCCCUAGACAUAAUUUAAUAUGGGGAGGAGAAAAUGGCCUGCCUGGCCUAUGGGUGAUCAUAUUUCUACUACUGCAGCAAGAAAAACUUGUGUAUCUUUCCUCACUGCAGUGGUUAUUCCCAUAGUUCGUGCGUGGGAGAAACUCUGGAUUUUGAAACACUACAUUUCUUGUCCUUAUCUUUCAGAAUUCAUUAACUACCAAUGUCAGGAUCUAGAAAACCUUGUAUGGUUCUUUGCACCCAUGCUUUGUACUUACGUGGGAAUCUGCAUAAUUUGGUCUAAAGAAGUAUAGGAAUAUUUGAGCACAUUAUUUCACCACUGGAAGAAAAGGAGUCAGGGAAAACCAUCAGCCCUUGCUGUAUGGAGUCCUGGAGGAUGACUCACUAUCUUACAUGCAUAGUAAAUUGUCAGGACUUAAUACUCUAUUGACUGUCCAUAAUCAGGGAAGCAAUUGGCUUCUUGGUUGUUUGUUGACAUUUAUUUCCAUCUUUAUAUAGUUAAAUUAUUUUGUUUUGAUAAAAAUAAAACUUAUAAUGAAAAUGU